GACCAUCGUUGACUACCGAUAAGAAGGAUCCACCGAGGUGCACGGAGAUGCACAUUGCACAGAUAAGACUCAUCCAACCACAUCUUUACAAUUUUCGCUUUCACCUCCUUGUAGCGACUGUCAAGGCGGCUCGAGACAUGGGAUUCUGCUGAAGGAGGUGCGGUGGUCGAUUUUCAAAGGUCGGUCGUCUCUCCUGCCCAGCGUUGGCUGUCCCACUCACCCAAUCGAUCUCGUUUGCCCUCUCGAGCGACUUCGAGGCGUGCAUAGGUCGAUCAGCCUCACCGACCGUGUUUAUCUGCCUCCAACAUACAGAUCGACAAUCACUGCAACACCUCACGUUAGUGACAAGUGUCCAUGUCGUCACGGAACACUCGGCCUUGAUGCUCGCAGAGAUCAAUCGGAGGUAAAAGCACCAAAGCUUUGUAUACAGCCAGCACGCGGUCCAGAACAUUCAAAGGCUUGGACCAGAAGCAAUAUCGUGGGAAUUGUAUAACAGCUCCGAGGAAACAGGUUGGAAAGGCUCGACCUUAAGUAUUUGUCCAGCUAUUUGAUGCCAUCUUGCAGCGAUACUUCGCCUCGGAGCUCAACAACGAUCGACUGGAUCUUGCUAAGAACAUUCAGACCCAUAUUUGUUCCGUUAUCAGCAACGCCAUGGCCGAAAUCAGACGGCAGCUUGGAUUCUACCCUUCUUGAUUCGUCCAUUGGAAUUCGAAUCUUGAGGCAGAUCUGCCGCGGAUUUGCUGGUCUAAAGGCACCCUGGUCUUGAAGCGAGUCCGAGGUGCGUCCCCGGAGAAAGCAUACCAACGUCAUAUCGUACUUGGGAUUCACCAAGGAGAGUGAUGCCCAAGACCGAGGGGACGCUUGGAAGUGUGUAUAUGUAUCUUGCCCAAACCCUGUUUCAAAUAUACUAUCAUCAACCUUCGAAAACUUCUUGAAGAGGUCACCGACGACCUAUUUCCUGAAGCCCACAGCAUCGUCAGCCACUCCCACCAACAAGGACAGAUUGCAUUCUUCACCAUGGGCUUCCGCAUCGCUACACUCUUCAAGGCUCCAGAGGUCAACCCCAUCACUCUGAAGGCUCGGUCCAUUCCGUUCUUCAACCUCGUUAACAUCUAUGGUCGCGUGUUCUUCUUCUCGUGGUUCGGCUUCUUCGUCGCCUUCUGGUCGUGGUAUGCUUUUCCACCACUGUUGCAUGACACCAUCCAAAAGGAUCUCAAGUUGACCAAGAUCGAUGUGUCCAACUCCAACAUCAUUGCGCUUACCGCCACACUGCUGGUCCGUCUGAUUGCUGGACCGUCCUGCGACAGGUUCGGACCGCGAUACACGUUCGUCGGAUGCCUCCUUCUCGGCGCCAUUCCUACCUUCCUAUCCGGCACAGCGUAUAACAAAGGUGAACUCUUUGCUCUCCGAUUCUUCAUCGGUGUACUGGGUGGCAGCUUCGUGCCCUGUCAGGUGUGGUCGACUGGGUUCUUCGACAAGAAUGUUGUCGGUACGGCAAAUGCUGUCGCUGCAGGCUUCGGUAAUGCUGGAGGUGGCGUGACGUACUUCCUCAUGCCAUCGAUAUACGACUCUUUAUUGAACCGAGGUUUGACUCCUCAUACUGCUUGGCGUGUUGCGUUCGUUGUCCCGGGCAUCAUCAUUGUCUUCGUGGCUCUCUGUAUUCUCUUCCUUUGCGAGGAUACCCCCAGCGGCAAAUGGAGUGAGCGUCACACCAUUGCUCAGGCAAACCUUGCAGCACAUGGCGUCAACGCUACCUUGGUGGACGCACCAAAGGCAGGAAUCAUGGACAAGCCUACGUCGUCUGGCGGCACAGCCUCACCAUCAAGCAUGGACGCACAGGAGAAGAUGCAAUUCGACGCCACGGGAGAGCGUAAAGUGUCUCGUUAUGCCGAUCACGAAGCUCAAUUGACGGAGCAGCAAAUGCUCGACACCGCACGCGGUGAGAUUGUCGUGAAACCAACGCCCAAGGAGGUCUUUGGCGUCAUGUUCUCACCGCAAACGCUCGUGGUCGCCUUCUGCUACUUCUGCAGCUUCGGCGCCGAGUUGUCCAUCAACAGCAUUCUUGGUUCCUACUACCAAAAGAAUUUCAAGUCGUUGGGACAGACCACUUCUGGACAAUGGGCUGCCAUGUUCGGCCUGCUCAACGCGGUCUACCGUCCUCUCGGCGGCAUCAUCGCCGACUUGUUGUACAGGCAGUUCCACAUCGUCUGGAUCAAGAAGACCUGGAUACAUACCCUCGGUGUUAUUACAGGUGUUCUCCUGAUUGUCAUUGGCGUGCUUAACCCCCACGACCAAAACACCAUGUUCGGGUUGAUUGCUGGUAUGGCGUUCUUCCUUGAAGCAGGCAACGGCGCCAACUUCGCCCUGGUGCCCCACGUCAACCCCCAUGCCAACGGCGUCGUUUCUGGCAUGACCGGUGCUUGUGGAAACUUUGGCGGUAUCAUCUUUGCCAUCAUCUUCCGCUACAACCCAACCAGCUACGCCAAGCCGUUCUGGAUCAUUGGAGUUAUUUCCAUUGCUAUGAAUCUGGCUCUUUGCUGGAUCCCGCCGGUGUCUAAGAAGCAAAUCGGAGGACGAUAAGCUUUGGAGUUGAAUGGUUUUCGGGAGAUAUGAAUGAACGACGUAUGAUGGUUGUAUCAGUACCUGGAUCAGCGAACUGGGCUUAAGUAGACUGCCCCAGUGCGAGCCAAAAUCGAGAGGUUGAGCUUAAGAUUAGGCUUCUUGGACAUUUGAUGGAUUUUUCUCCGGAGCCUUGCUAGACUUAUAUCAAGAUUACUUUGCACGCGA